AUGGCGGUUGCGGACUCACUCGCGGCGGUGGAGGUGGCGUCGAUGCCGGCUCCGAUGGUGUAUGCGUUUGGCUCGAACGGCUCGGGACAGCUGGGGAUCGGGCACGUCGAGGACGUCGCGCGGCCGGAGAGGUGCGUCUUCCGGACAUGGAUGCGCGCCCCAGGUGGUGGUGGUGUCGACCAGGGGACGGAUCGUGGCGGGAAGGUAGCGCAGGUGCUGAAUGUCAGGAAGAUCGUCGCCGGGGGGAAUCAUACCCUCGUCCUCACGACUGGAGGGCGCUUGUUCAUCGCUGGGAAGACACGCAUGCGCAUACCUUACGAGUCGUACCUCGACGUCGGUAGGAGCAUCGACUCGGAGUCGGAGUCGGAGCGGGAAAAAUGUACGGUGGUGUUUCAAGAGAUUACCCAUCACGUUGUGUCAUCCACGGUGGCCAGCUCAGAGAGGGACGUAGUCGUGACCGACGUGGCCGCGACGUGGGAAGCUUCCUUUGCUGUCGUGGAUUCUAAAAUUAUCGUCGGCUGGGGAAGCGGUACGAAAGGCGAGCUGGGUCUAGGUCCCGGUAUCAUUUCUACGGAGGGAAAAGUGAAGAAGAUAUUCGAGGUUGAUUCUGAUAGCAGUCAUGGCGAAGCUGUCAAGGUCGAGAUCGUUGACAUUGUGGGCUCGAUGGCGCAUGUUGUUGUCCUCGCGUCGGACGGACGCGUCUACGGAUGGGGAAGUUGUCGAAAGGGUCAGCUUGGACAACAGCUGAAGACGGAGAAAAUCCUGUGGUCGCCCAGAAACAUUGCAGGUGGCCUAGGGGUCGACGACGGAGAGGAUCUACUACUAUUGCCUUGGACGCCGCAGAAAGUGGUGGCCGGCAGGGAGUAUACCGUUUUCGUCAAGAUAGGGCGGCAGCCGGUGAUCUGGGGAGACACUAGGUUUUUCGAUAUCCAAGACUCUGAAGAGUUGAUGGUGGUGGAAGAAGGCGACGUGGUCACUUCCGGGUGGAGCUCGAUACACGUCCUUUCGCAGCGACGGUCUGAACAGUCCCUGUUGCAGGGUGUGGGCAGAAAUAGCCACGGCCAGCUUCCUCCAGCCAGCCUCCCGCCUUUACGAACUGUGGCGGCGGGAAGCGAGCACUGCGUCGCCCUGAGUCGUGACAACCAAGGCAUCGCUUGGGGUUGGGGCGAACAUGGCAAUUGUGGUGACACGCUGGAUCAAAGAGGAAAUGUGGUCGAUCGGUACAACGUGGUUCCUUUGCCGACACUUGAUGAUGACGAAAUUGUGCCGAAGGACGUGGCCGCCGGUUGUGCCACGAGUUUCAUCAUCUACGGGAAGAAAGACGGGUGA